AUGGAAUUCGAGAUUCCCGCAAUUCACAAAGCAGUCGCUGUCAAGGCUCCCAGAGAGCCUCUCAUUCUUGUCGACGCCCCGACAUACCCGCCCGACGUCGGCGAGGUCAUUGUCAGGGUCGAAUGGACUUCCUCGACACCGUACCAUCUGCACCAGGCGGAUGGCGGACUUCUCAUCGACAUGUUUCCCCGGAUUCUGGGCGACACUUUUGCCGGUACCGUGCUCCUGGUCGGUCCCGGCCCGCAUCACGUUGAUGUCGAGAUUGGGGACAAAGUAUUGGGAUACUCGUUCCGCAACGACAAGGACGGCAAAGAAAAGGCCGCGCAAACCCUCAUCACUGUUCCAACAUUUUUGCUCGGAAGGCUACCCAAGGGCUUGACGAUGGAGGAGGCAGUGACGGUUCCUGACAAUCUCAUCACAGUCUUCCAGGCCGCGGCCGUUGAUCUCGGCCUCCCAUUGCCCUGGCCAAUCCCGGAUGGAUGGACGCCUCCGGAGGCCGAUGCGCCGAUUUUGCUGUGGGGCGGGGCCGGGAGUGUCGGAAUGUACUCAAUCGAAGUCUUGAAGCACUGGGGCUACAAGAACUUGAUAGUCAUCGCAAGCGGGAAACACCACGGGUACCUUCAAUCACUUGGCGCCACUGUUUGUUUUGACUACCGCAAUGAGGACGUAGUGGAAAGGAUCCAGAAGUAUCUUGGUCCGAAGGGCGUGCCAUACAUAGUCGACUGCAUAGGCCACUUAUCGGGGUCACUCAAACCCAUCACUCAACUCGCUGAGCGAGGCACCAAGGUCGCCGUAAUGCUACCCGUGAUUAUCAAGGACCCAACUGAUAUCGAAGCUCCAAUUUAUCAGAUGACGGAGCCGGCUGAGGGACAGUGGAAAGAUGGUGUCAUCGUCAAGGGUGUGAGGACACAUUUCUAUCUCAAGAACAAACUAUUCAAAGACAAAAUGCAAAGCGAAAUUAUUCCGGCAUUGCUGGAACAGAAAGCGGUGCGACCAAACCCCCAUAGAAUAGUGGAGGGUGGAUCAUUGUUGGAUCGAGCGCAAGAUGCUAUUGUACUAUUGAGAAAUAAGGCCGUGAGUGGUCAAAGGCUUGUAUGGAGGGUGGCGGAGGGCGAUUCUCUCUAG